AUGAAGUUUCGAAUCGUCUUUUUCUUCAUCAUCUUUCUCCUCAAAAUAACUUUCUUCUCAACACAAGUCGAAACUCGAUCUCUUCGUAAACGUCGUGGAGUUUGGCCCGAUGUUCUCGCACCAGGUGGAAACACCUUCGCUAAUCGUGGUUAUUACAAUAUGCACAGUUAUAUAGCUUAUCCAGAGAGUGGAAUCGCGUUUAACCAACCUUGGAACCCGUAUUUUCCAAAUUAUUAUCCAAACAAUCAAUUCAAUCCUUUUGUUCCACCGAAUCAAAUCCCCCCGUUUGGAAAUAAUAUGGUUUACCCGGGAUAUUUUCCGAAUGGAAGAGCAAAUCCUAUGAUUCCUCCGAAUUUUAUUAAUAAACGUUCGAAUCCAAUUUUUGAAAACUAA